AUGCACGAUAGCGCGACAUCGAAACUGCCUGGUCUUACAAAUGUCAAGGCACAUAUUGUAAUAAAGGUCUACGAAGAGGCAGGUACAAGUGUGGGGAAGAGGGAAGAUGCAGAAGCGCAGCAGGAGGUUUUACCCAACCGAGAAGCACACACAGCUGGCAGUGGAUCGAAAGUUAUGAGAUCCGCCGUCAUGCGACAACUCGGAACGAGAGCCGUAGAGCUCGCCAUGCGAGCCGAAAAGCGGGCGAGGCGGGAUUUAAUGAGGCAGGAGGUGCUGAUGAGCAGCACGACGAAAAGCAUUUUACCUGCCGGAGGGGCAGUGUAG